AGAGGAAGAAAGAAAAAGAGACGAGUUUUCUCAUAUUGUAAGUGGGGAUAGAAUCUUAGUGUGCAGCAGAAGGAACGUAUAGUUUUGCGUCUCCAACCAGGCUGUAUACGAUCGACAAGCGAGAUAGAGAGAAGACGUUGUACGGUGUAUGCAAGAAAGAAGAAACGAAUUGACAACGCGAACGUUAGACAGAGAAGAAAAUAAAAGGGAGCAGCUUGCGGAACGGCAUGUCCUCGCGUGCUCGUGUCGUACAGAGUUUCUGAACGCAGCCAUUACGACACAACCGCUCUCGGUGACGCUUUGCUGCGGUAGAACCGUAUUCACGCGCGCAGUGGUCACGGAACAAUCGAAACUGGACACACGUGUUUUUGAAAAUACGAACGAAAUUUAAACAGUGUUACAUCAGUAACGAAGAAGAAUACGUCUAUUAACGUGAGAAACGAAUUUUUUAAAAGCUGUUUGUUUUGUGCGUGUACAGGGUGGCUUAGGGACGCCUCUUGACGCGCGGCGUCACGUCGCGCGGGUCAUUAAUAACCCAAGAGUGUCCAAUUUGAUUUGAUAAAUAGUCUGAUAAAUUCGCGAUUGAAAUAAAUCGCUUGAUUUCUUGUGAUAUCGGUUUAGAAAGAGAAAAUUAUCAACCAUGUUUGAUGUAUUUGGAUCCGUAAAGGGACUGCUAAAGCUCGACAGCGUUUGCAUCGAUAAUAAUGUAUUUCGGCUGCAUUACAAAGCGACGGUGAUCAUAUUAAUUGCUUUUUCAUUAUUGGUUACAUCCAGACAGUAUAUCGGAGAUCCCAUAGAUUGCAUCGUAGAUGAAAUACCACUUCAUGUAAUGGAUACAUAUUGCUGGAUCUACUCAACAUUUACGAUUCCUGAUCGAACCGGUGUCGUUGGCAAAGACAUGGUGCAACCAGGUGUUGCAUCUCACGUUGAGGGUGAAGACGAAAUCAAGUAUCAUAAAUAUUAUCAGUGGGUGUGCUUUACGCUCUUCUUCCAGGCAAUAUUGUUUUAUGUACCACGUUAUUUGUGGAAGACCUGGGAGGGUGGUAGAAUUAAGAUGCUAGUCCUGGAUUUAAAUUGUCCUGUAAUGAGUGAUGAAUUUAAAUCGGAAAGAAGAAAAUUAUUGGUCGAGUAUUUCGCGACGAAUUGGCAUACACAGAAUUUUUACGCAUUUCGUUUCUUCUUGUGCGAAGUGUUGAACUUCGUUAAUGUAGUUGGCCAGAUCUAUUUCAUGGACUUUUUUUUGGACGGCGAAUUUACCACCUAUGGCUCAGACGUGGUUAAAUUCACGGAAAUGGAACCUGAAGAGAGGAUUGAUCCGAUGUCACGGGUAUUCCCUAAAGUUACCAAGUGUACAUUCCAUAAAUAUGGUGCGUCCGGUACAGUGCAGAAAUUCGAUGGUCUCUGCGUACUACCGUUGAACAUCGUCAAUGAGAAGAUUUACGUGUUUCUCUGGUUCUGGUUCAUCAUCCUAUCCGUGUUAAGCGGUUUAACCCUGGCCUACCGUGCUGCAGUAAUAGCUGGUCCGAAGCUUCGCUUGGUACUAUUGCGUGCACGUUCGCGCCUCUCAAAGCCAGAACAUAUUAAUACAAUCGCGGAAAUGUGUAUGAUCGGCGACUGGUUCGUUCUUUAUCAACUUGGCAAGAAUAUAGACCCGGUGGUAUAUCAACAACUCGUUGUGGAUCUCGCUACGAAACUUCAGGGCAAAGAAUCUGUUUAGUUUCGUUUGUUAUAUUCAUAGAAUACCUCUUUUUCUUUUCUUUUCUCGCUUCUUUAUUCUUUUAUUCGAUUCUUGAACAUUUAAUUAGUCGAGUUGUUCAUCAUUAUAGUUUACCGUAUUUUCAUUAUAGUUUAUUCAAAGAUUAAAGACCAUUUUGAAUUACGUUUACUUUUCAUAUAUAUAUUACAUGUAAAACAUGUACGUGCAUUCUGAUAUUUUUGAAAAAUUUUUCGUAAUUCAUUAUGGCGUACAUAUAAAAUGAAUUUCUUCGAUCGUUAUAAAAGAAUUCGAUUGGAGGUAAAUUUUUGUAGUAAGAUAUAUCGAGCGAAGUGAAUGGAGAAAUUAAUAAUUCUUUAUUCUUUUUUGUCUCUCUCUCUUUUUCUCUCUCUAUCUCUCUCUUUUUAGCUAAACUUUUAGCUAAACGUAUUUAUAAUCUUUACUAUAAUAUCAGAUUAGAAAUAUCAAUUUUUGUGGACAAUUACUUAACGAUCAUGAUUUUUUUUCACUAUCAUUAUAAAAUUUCUCCGAAUCCUUUGACUUCAAAAAUAUUUUUCAGUUAUUUUUAUUUCUUUUUAAUAUUUAUCUUUUUUCAGUAUCAUAUUUUGUAAUUAAAUUCAGAUUAUCAUUUAGAUGAUAAUAAAAAACUAAAUAUAGUGCCAAAAAAUACACUAAGAUUUAUUCCGAGAUAUCACUAAAGGAAGGAAAACAAACAUGUUAUUUUUGCUUAUAUUUUUUAAAUCUAUUUUUUAUUUCCAAAAAUAUUUUGUUCGGCCGAUAUCUCUCAAUAAAUCUGAAAGUAUUGGUAAUAAUGUAAACACGAUGGAAUGUAUAGAUAUAUUUAGCACGCACAAGAUAGAGAGAGAAAGAGUUUAGUAUUAAAUUACUCUGCAAAAAAGAAAGAUUACUCUUUCUUCAGAAAGAGACUUCGAUUGUGUGAUAUAAAACGGGAGACGACGUUUUCAUUUCUUUUGCUUUCUCCCAACUUUUUUCUGUCAUUUCUUUUUUUUUUUUUUUUUUUUUUUAAUUUUUUUUCCAUUUCCUUGGAAUGGAUUACCUUCAAUUCAAUUUUUUAUUAUUUUUUUUCCUUGGAUGAAACAAUGUGCGAGAAGAAGAAAAAUUGGCAGAUGUUGGGUGUCACGAAGUUGGUAAAAGUCCUUUUGUUGCUUCUUCUUCAUUUGAGACACGUCGUCUUCCCAGAAAUAUAAUUUCGCUGCUUACCACUUAUUAUUAUUAUUUUUUUUUAUAUCGUAGGCGUAGAAGCAUACAUCUUGUAUAUUAUAGAACAUCUUAUAAAAUAGAGAAUAUAAAAAUUUAUUUUAUAUAUAUAUAUAUAAAUAUAUAAAUAUAUCUAUAUAUAUAGCAAUAAAAUGAAAUAAACGAGAA